AUGGCUAGAAUUUUGGAGAUAAUUUAUGGAAAUAAGGGCAGCGUAAGAGUUGUUAAAUUAAAAACUAACACAGAUGUGGGUGCGGGGGAAUGCUAUCGAACCAUCCUGCGAGCGCGACACAAGGCCUGUAUCGAGCCCACAGUGUCCACAGUCAGGCCUCUUCACAGACUUCAGCAGAUGAACACUGGAGCCCUUCGCGGCAUACAGCGCCCGGUCCCACGGAUGCCUUCGGCACCAUCGAGUUUCAAGGCAGCGCACACCCUCUCAAAGCACAGUGUACCCGUGGAUGUCGAAUUACCAACUCCCAAGAUAGAACUCAGGCACGUGAUGCAAAAAUUCGAUGAAAAGAACAGUGAUAUCAGUUUAUAUUUGCUGUUGUUCGAGAGACAAGCCGAGUGGGCUCAAAUAAAACGAGAAGAUUACGUGUCGCAUCUAUUAGGAUUAUUGCCAACGGAUAUAACCCAACUCAUCGCUCGAGAACCAAUCGAGAAAGUUAAGGACUAUGACCACAUCAAGAGUUUAUUAGUGAAACGAUUUAAACUCAGCCCGGAAAAAUUCAGGCAAAAGUUUAUGACUCAUUUUAAAAGACCGGAGACUACCUGGUGCGAUUUUACUUACGAACUUAAAAAUUAUUUUGAGCAAUGGAUUCAAGGAUUGGAAAUAACUACUUUUGAAAGUUUGUCGGGUUUAAUCAUAACAGAACAGAUAAAGCGAAAAGUACCUACGGAUAUUAAAGAACAUUUUAUUGAUGUUUGGUCACAAUUCACGAAUCCAAACGAAACUGCAAGCAAAUUAGAUGAUUAUGAAAAUGUGCGAUCAAACAGUGUGAGGAAAAAGAAAGAACUAUAUCAAGAGAAUAACUGUUCUAAACAUCAAACCUACGACGAAAGAGAAGAGAGAUAUUUUUCGGAACGGAAAUAUGUACCCCCGCAUCAACGAGAAUUCAGAAACAAAAACUUUCAUAAAAACGAAACUACAAAUUCAAGAAAAGUAACAAGGGACUGUUACGUUUGUGGAUUGUCGCAUUUUGCUAGAGACUGCCCAAAUAGACAUAAAAAAUCGCAGUUGAGAGAAUCUGCGGCAGAAAAGAAACGGGAAGACAUUUUAACCGCGGAAAUUCAGUCGGAAUUAAUUAAUGGUGAAAAAAGCUUAAAUAUCAACCCUUUACAAUACGUUGAUAUUUGUGUGGACAAUAGAGAACUGAAAACCCUAGUUGACUCAGGUGCUAUGAUACCAGUUUUAAAUUCUAAAUAUGUGUCGAGUGAACAAAAAGAAAAAGGAAAAAUCAUUUUAAAAAGUGCAUUUGGAGAACGGAUUAACGCUACUCUUUCGAGUUUUCAAAUAUCAUUAAAAGAUAAAAACAACGAAGGGUUUUCCAGGCCUAUUGAGAUAGUUGCAGCUGUCACGGAUAGAAUUCAAGAGCAAUUCAUCAUCCCCCCCUCUGUAUUAAAUUUAUUGGGAGAAAGCAUAAACCACAGCCGCAGCCAAAACUCGUCUGGAUUAGAGGCGCCGAUGGAAAAGAGCUUUGAUGAAUUUAUGAUUUGUUGUGGAAUUAGAAACUUUUUUAUGAAAGAUGAAUUAAUAUUCCACCGGGAUAAAAUAUUAGGCGAAAAAGUGAAUCAGUUGGUUUUGCCCAAAAAUAAGAGACAGCAAGUUCUUAAAUUAGCACAUGAAUCAAUUUUCGGAUGCCAUAUGGGAUUAAAAAAGACUAGUGAAAGAAUUAAAUACAGUUUUUAUUGGCCAAAUAUGACAGAUGAUAUUAAAAACUUUUGUAAAUCCUGUAAAGAAUGCCAGUUGAGGAGUCCGGAAAAAAUGAUUGAUAAAAUUCCUAUUACUCCUGUUCUCCGUCCGGAAUUGCCAUUUGAGAUAGUAAAUAUAGACCUAAUGGGACCCAUUGAACCCCCUUCUGCUCGUCGGCAUAAGUAUGUAUUAUGUCUAAUGGACCAGCAUUCUCGAUGGCCUGAGACUAUCCCUCUUCGUUCGUUAACGGCUAAAGCUACGUGUGAUGCUUUAUUGGAGAUAUUCAUGCGGACUGGAAUACCCAAUGUUAUUGCAAGUGAUAAUGGAACGAACUUUAUUUCUAAGUUAACCCAGGAAUUCAUGAAAAGAUUAGGUUGUGCUCCCAGAUUUACGACGCCUAACCAUCCAGCUGGGAAUGGCCUUAUAGAAAGAUAUAAUAGGGUGUUCAAAAAUUCACUCCAUCACAUUAUCAGAACUGAUCCGAGUAAUUGGGAUAAAUACAUUCCAUAUAUGCUUUUUGCGUACAGGGAAGUUCCUAACUGUACGACGGGUGUUUCACCAUUCAAGUUGAUGUAUGGACGUGAAGCACGAGGACCUCUCAGUGUUCUAAAAUCGAGCUGGUGUGGUGAUAUUGCCAUUCCGUUAAACAUGGAGAAAUCAGUUGUGGAUUAUUUACAGGAGCAAAAAAUAAACUUAGAAAGAGCUGCAGAGGAAGCAUCUCUCAUCGCUUCUGGACAGGCAAAUGUGAUUAGUGUGUUAGAUCUGUUGAAAGGGUACUAUUCGCUUCCCAUGGAAGAAGAUUCGCGGGAUUAUACAUCUUUUAAGACCCAUAGAGCACAAUAUCGUUUUAAGGUAAUGCCUUUUGGGCUGAAAAAUGCAGCUGCUACUUUUCAAAGGGAAAUGAACAAAGCAUUGUCGCCAUACAGAGAAUUUUGCCGUGCUUAUAUUGAUGAGAUUGCUAUAUUCUCCAAUGAUAUUUCCUCUCACUUGAAACAUCUUCAUUUGGUGCUGGAUAGAUUGGAAGAGCUGCAAUUUACUGUUAAUCUUUCAAAGUGUGCUUUCGCGAAAUCUGAAAUUUCAUACCUGGGACAUAUAAUUAGCUCAGGAAAGCAUCAAGCUGAUCCAGCUAAGUUAGAAACGAUCUCUCGUUUGCCCGUACCUGAAACCAAGAAACAACUACGUAGUGCUCUUGGCCUGUUCAACUAUUAUCGUGAUUAUAUUGCGAAUUUCGCCGAGAUUGCCUUUCCAUUAACGGAACUAACAAAGAAAAGAAGCCCUGAUGUGUUGCCGUGGUGUGAAAUGCAUAGUGUUGCUUUUGAAAAAUUAAAAUCAGCAUUGUUACACGCUCCUACUCUACACACUCCGAAUAUGAGCAAACCCUUUGUGAUUCAUUGUGAUGCCUCGUCAAUCGGGAUUGGCUCGUGUUUAUCACAGACUGGUGAUGGAAAAAUGUGCCCUAUUGCUUAUGCAAGUCAAAAAUUAAACAAAAGCCAACAAUCUUGGUCGACAAUCGAACGGGAAGCAUUUGCUAUAGUUUGGAGCUUGAAAAAGUUUGGAUCCGAGAUCCACAUUUUUACCGAUCAUAACCCCCUUCCUUAUCUGACAAAGUGCGCUCCUCAGUCAUCUCGACUACAAAGGUGGGUAUUUGCCUUGCAGAGAUUCAACAUAAUAUUAAAACAUUGCCCUGGUUCUAAAAUGCCGCAUGCUGAUGCUUUGUCACGUUUAUUACCAAAAUAG